AUGUUUAGCGCUAAAGCGUGUUCAACUCUAAUAUUUUUACAUUUCUUCCUAUUAACUGCUCUUCAACCAACCAUGGAUAGCAUAGUUAAAGAUCAGAAGGGAUUUAAAGAUGUCAUAUAUUUUGGAGAUAUCAAGCUAGAUAAGACUUUUGAAGAAAGAAUAGUUAUACCUGGUGAUAUAAUAUCAACUGAACCAAAUUAUAUAAGAGGUCAUGGAACAUAUGAAGAUGAAUUUGGUCGUUUGUUAUCUAGUACAUGUGGGAUAACAGAAAAUCUUAACAAACUACUAUACACUAAAGCUUUAGGUGGACGUUAUGUUGGAGAAGUUGGGGAUGUCGUAGUUGGAAGAGUUGUAGAGGUUGGUAAUAAGAGAUGGUUAGUUGAUAUUGGAUCGAGUCAAUACGCCCACUUAGGUCUAGCUGCUGUAAACUUACCAGGUUCAGUUCAGAGAAGAAGAACGGAGGAAGAUUCUUUAGAUAUGAAACUUUUAUUAGAUGAAGGAGAUGUAAUUUGUACAGAGGUUCAAAGAGUGCAAGCUGAGGGAUUAUGCCACCUUCAUACUCGAAGUGCUAAAUACGGCAAAUUAGCCAAUGGUCUUUUAGUGAAAAUACCUGGAAAGUUAGUCCAAAGACAAAGUCAGCACAUUAUCGUAUUAACUUGUGGAGUUCAGUUGAUCUUAGGAUUGAAUGGCUUUAUAUGGAUUUCUCUCCCAUUUGAGCAAUCUCAUACAGAUACACUAAACUAUUCUUCAUCUAGCAUAACUUCACAGAUUGUAGAACCAGAUAUGAGAAGUAUAAUUGUAUCCCUUGCUACUAUUAUUAAGACUUUUGGGACCUUGGGUAUUCAGUUAACUCCUAGUCGUAUAGAUGCAGUCUAUAAUUCUAUUAAAUCUAGAAAUUUGGAUCAUAGAAGUUUAGUAAUGAUAAAAAAUCCCUUAGAGAUAAUUAAGGUAUUACUUGAGUAA